AUUUCAGUUUCAGUUUUUAGUCCUUUCAGCAAGGACACAAGCUCAGACUACCUCUUGUGGUAUGGGCAAGGAGCUCCCAGAGGCAGAGGUCUGCAGAUCAGAAGUAUAAUACUUAUACAUGUUGGUCAUGUAUAAUGCUCUUGGGCCUGGCUGGGAAUAGUUGCAUUGGCCACAUUCUCCGUUGUUUCAGAGCGAAAACUCAUUCUUCAUUUACCUCUCCAAUUAAUUCAUUUCAGUUUUCGAGAAGUAUCUACUGUGCUACAAUGGCCUCUGCUGCCGCUGGCGAAACACGCACAGAACCUGUGUACUUUUCAGACACGUAUCUGUUCUCGUUUGAUAAAGCGUCUGUGCUGAAAGCGGAGAAAUUGGAAGGCGAUUCCAAUGACUAUGCUGUGGUUACUGAUCAGACAAUCAUGCACCCUCAAGGAGGUGGCCAGCCCUCGGACCAAGGCGAAAUAACUACUUCAGUUGAUGGUACGGAUGUGGUGUUUCAGGUGAAGCAGGUCAGCAAGGCCAAGGACAGCCAGGAAAUCAAACACAUUGGCUGCUUUUCAUCUGGAUCUGCUGAGCUGCUCCCUGUUGGCCAGACGGUGAAGAUGACAAUCAAUGAGGACAUGCGCCGUCUGCAUGCAAGAUUGCAUAGUGCAGGUCACUUGCUAGACACGGCAUUAAAUCGUCUCAACGCCAGUGAUCUUAUCCCGUCGAAGGGCUAUCACUUUGCGGAUGGCCCAUAUGUUGAGUACAUUGGCAAUGUGGCAAAUGAGGAGCGUGACAAGCUGAUGGCGUCCAUGAAUGAAGUACUUUCAGAUCUUGUCAAGGAGAACAUCGCUACUCAGAUAACCGUUGGAGAUUCAGGAGAGCGCAUCGUGAGCAUAGCAGGCCUGCCGUGUCCCUGUGGUGGUACACAUGUCAAGUCGACGGCAGAGAUUGGACCUAUGAAGGUGACACGGAUGAAGAAGAACAAGAAGAACAUGAAGAUGUCAUAUUCAUUGGAAAGCAGCUAAGUUCUGACAGUGUAUUCGCCCGCCUCCAGGCUCUCUCCGUUGAUACAUAUACAUAUACGUGUACAUGUAUUUCAUUUGUAGUUUUCUUCCCCCGUACUUCAAAGUACUUUACAUUUUCUAUUUAUUCUUCUCUUCCGUUGCUCGUGGUCCUGCGAGUUUUUGUUUUGUUUUGUUGCAUUAUGUGAAUGCUGGCGUUCAUAUUGUGACAGAAAUCACAGAAUCAAUCUCUAUUUAUCUUCACAGUCCAUCAUUCUACUUUUCUUCCCUAUUGCCAUUGUCUAUCUGUUGUAGCACUGCUGUAGCACUGCUGUAGCACUGUUGUAGCACUGCUGUAGCACUGUUGUAUUUCUGCUGUUGUAGCACUGCUGUAGCGUAUCAGGCAGUGUAUUAUUUCUGUGCUGAUUAGAGUUACAAUUGUAGUGGCCAGGCGUAAUCUACCGGUAGUUGAA